GAUAUACAUGAAAAAAAAAUCUAUAUCAUUUAUAAUAAUGUCGUCAGUGUACUAUAAUUGAAAAAUGACAAUUUAAUAUAUAUUGUGGGAUUAAGAAGCUGUGUUCAUUUGUGUGCGUGUUUAUUUUUUAGUUAAAACAGUUGAAAUGUCGGAUUCUUCAACAUAGUUAAUCAUCUAUGAGGGUCGAAAGUGAACUUAUCAGAAUGACCACGGCUAUUGAUGGGCUCAGAGUUAAGGGGGAGGCUGCCCCGAAAAGUUUCAGUGGUGUAGCUCCCCUUAGCGCAACCGUACGCGUAAAUAAACCAGGAAACCCAAUAACAUCGAUGGACAAGUCGUAUCAGUUUGUAUUAAAUAGUACUCCCGGUACUGAAGAGCUAACUAUAACUAGUCUAAACGGUCCGUCAGUUCCGGUUAGAAAAAUGGAGCAUUUGAGUAGAGUUCGUACAGCUAAUUUUGGGAUAACGACAAUGGAUUCGCCAUUCACGAUUAACGGAGAGCAAGAACCAGCCCUUGUAAUCGAGAAACCACAUUUCGUUCUUUGUGGACUUCCAGUUGGCUCAAAGGAAAUAGAUCCUCAUCUUUAUGUAAAUGAACAACGGGUCGGUAGUUUUAAAACGUCCGCUAAAGCUUUAUAUCAAGCCAGACGUGGACUAAGACCUAGUAAAGCUUUAACUGAACAGGUUUCGUUUCUUCCCGAUAAAGACAUUAUAAAUUACAAUACGAACUUGCCGGAAACCUUCGAAGAAACGGGUAAAAAGUCCGUUCCGCCAAUCCCUCCAACGACGCCUGUAAAUUAUGCUCACCAUUUAGCUAGUCUUAAACCUAAAACUGCAAUUGGAAUUCGGACUGAGGACGGUGUAGGUAAAUUCCAUGGUUCGAUACCAAGCACUGAGGCAGAAAAAUAUCAACAUAGUGAUUUGCUCAUAAGAAAUAGAAAGGUGUUACUUCAUCGACGAGAUGAAACAAAUGAUAGUGGGGAGCAUUUACCAAGGGAACAUUCUAGUGUCUCAACCAGGUCUGUGAAAUCUAUUGAAACCGUGACGGAUUCUGUUGUCACAAACAGUCUUACCGUGACUACAGGCAAGGGAUCAAAAAUAGUGUCGAGGGCGGUAAGUAAAAGUGCUAAUAAAGUGAAUUACAAUAACCCGUAUAGAAAUACAAAAUUUAGAGAACGAAUGGCACUUAGUGGAAAUAGAAGGUUAGAAUUUAACAAUAUCGAUAGUUAUUUUCAAUACCAAAAGCAACAACACCAUAACGGGAAACACUUCAUGACACCGAGGGCUGUUUUAAAGAUACCGAAGCCAUGCUCGGAUACAUUCUUGCUACAAAUGAUGUAUGACAUGAACCGACCAUUAGCAAAGCGUCGAAGUCAGCAUUCCGCAAUCUAUUCUGAUAUUGGAUUGACGAAAGACUUAGAAGAAUUUGUACAAAGCAGGACAUCAAGCUCUUUGAGCAAAACACAAACUAAUAUCGACAGAUAUUUAGGAAAGAGAACUCCAAAAAGUGCAAAAAGUGUACGAAGUGCUAAGAGUCGAAAAAGCACAAGAAGCGCUAAGAGCGCCUUGGACGCCGACGCUAUUGAAGAGGAAGGUGAUUGGGAGGAAGAAAACAUACAUGUUAAUGGGGACUAGACCAUAGAUGUGGAUAGAAAACUAUUUGAGAUAAUACAUAAAAUCUUGAAAAGAAUCUACGGUUGAAAUGGCUUUCGGUUUUUCUGACACUGGCUACGGAAUUGGUUUUGGUUAAAAGGGAUAUUUUAAAUUUGAUGAUAGAUAUUCAUUAUAAUGUAGCAUUCAUGGAAAAGAAAAAUUAAUCUGUGUUUAGAAAAAAAUGAAAAAUGUUAUAGGGACAAAACAGGAUUAUCACAGGCAGAUAUUUGUUUAUAUACAUACAAUUCUAAACAUAUAUUUCUUAUACUAUGAAUAUGUGCUAGGAUUUUUGCUCAUUUAUUUGUGUUGACGUUUCAUUUUGAAGUCAUUUUAAGAUUCCAAUUCACAUCAAUAAUUUCAACUACACAGAAACUUUGUUAAUUCACAUCAAAAGGUAACUAGAUAUUUGCAUGGCGAUGCAUAAGAGUGUCAAAACAUGUUUUCGUUAGUUCUUUAAGUAGCACUGCUGGGUUCUUAUGAACUAUUGCAUUAAUUUAAACUUUAUCUUUCAAGUACUGUUUUUGGGGGUUUUUUCUUAAUGAUCUUUCUUUUAUUAUUAGUGUAAAGUUAUGUAUGGUAGUUUGAUGGAUAUCUCGUACAAAAAAAAUUGUCAAUCAGAUGUGGAUUUAUAGAACUUUAUAAUAAACGUUUCUUUAAAAAAAUCUUAGAAAAAAAGAAAAGUUAAGAAAAAGAAAAUAAUAUGGAAGUAACGAAGACUAUGGUCUAUUAAAAUAAUAAAGAUAUAAAGUUGCAAUAACUCAGGUGUUUUAAUAAGAUUUAUAGACCGCAUGCAUGUAUUCCUGACGUUCUUUAUUAUGUAUUACGUGCCUUCUUUAGUGUAGCGAUGAUGUAUAUCUAUACAUUGUUUGACAUAAAAAUUAACAAAUAUGUAUUUAUAAAACAUUUAAGUGGGUAAUAUUAAACUACACCAUAUGUUGAAAAUCUAGUAAAGUCCUUCACCGAGACCUCACAUCACACGCAUUGUUUCAGGAAACAUUCGCAGAUUUCAUAUUAUAUAAAUUAAGAAUAUUAUGGGAAUACCAAUGCCAAUACCUCGAAUAUACUCUAGACCACUUAUGCACGAAAAGUUUAGGAAUAUAACGAUUGUUCACGAACUAAUGAUUUAAUUAUUGCUUUAAAAUUAAUCUAAUCAAUGUCUGAAACAGAAUGUUUAUAGAAAAUAUUAUAUUGUUUCAUGUUGUACAAAAUUUUAUUUUAUUAAUAAGAUAAUUAUUUGCCGCUGAUUUCAUCAUCAGAUAACAUGUUUAAGAAAAAGUCCGUGAUAUUUGUUUAGCAAGUCAAGAUAAUAGUUUUAUCCUUUAUAACUUUUAUACAAUGUUGUUAUGGUACAUUUUUCAUAUUUUACUGUUUUCAUAUAUAAUUGUAUCACAAGAUUAAAUGACACUUAAACUGACAUUUCAGAUCUGUAAUGUUAGGGUAAUAAGCUGCAUACCUAUUAGUAGCAUUUUGUUCAUAAAAUGUACAAAAUUCUGAACACACAUGACAGUUUUAAAAUGUCGCUAUUGUCUCCCCGACAUAAAGGGAGACAAAUGUCAUUUGAUUGCUGUUUCUUAUUGAGACGAACUUACACGUGAUCAUUUGAUCUUAACUCGCUUAAACAGUAUAAAUAUAUUUAGAUAAUCAUAAUAAUGAUAUACCUUUCUUGUCAUCUGAUCUCGUAAUUUUCAUCCCAUAACAUUUCAGGUAUGCAAGAAUGAAUUGCAAUGAGAUACUUAAUACAAAGCGUAUUAUUUUUGUCAUGAAAUUGAUUGUUUUAACAGUCACCUGUACUAAGAAUGUAUCAGCCAAUUCAAUAAAAAAUAUAUUAAUUGUU